GCGGAUGAGGAGCUUGAGGCGACUCUCCCAAGGUCAUUCAAGGGAGGCAACUUUUGCUCUAGCGCCUCUUCCUCUUCCACAGCAUAAAUGAAUCUGGAAGUGGUGUGGUGCUUGUCGCCUGACCCUGUGGGCCUAGCGGACCCAGAAACUGACCAGGGAUGGCUCUGACUGAGUCUCUUCACACACCAGUGUGGGAUGACCUGCUUGGUUAGGCAGUGCCCUGGUGUCUUUGUCCAGCUGUUUGACUUAGCACCAGGCUAGGUGGAAUAGGCAAGAGCCCUCUUGGAAACUGGGGCACCGAGGGCUGACCAGCACUGGCCUGGCCUUGGCUGUAUUGUGGACCUUUGUUUCAGGUUGUGAAGGUAGCAGGUGUUUACGCCAGAGAGCUUGGAAGUGAGGAAGCGUAGAAAGGGACCACGGCCAUGACUGCUCCUACACAGAGAAACAGUCCCUGGUGGGGCGCAUCCCUAGGCACUGAUUUACCAAGGUGGUUUGGACUCCCGGUGCUGUGGGGCCCACCCAUGUCCUCUCUGCACCUGCCACCUCACUUGUGCCUCCUUGCCUGCAGCCCUCUGCUUUGCUGUGACCCGCUCACUGCUGCUGACGUGCCUGGUGCCGGUCGGGCUCCUGGCCCUGCGCUACUACUACAGCCGAAAGGUGAUUCUGGCCUACCUGGAGUGUGCACUGCACACGGACAUGGCUGACAUAGAGCAGUACUACAUGAAGCCACCUGGAUCCUGUUUCUGGGUGGCCGUGCUGGAUGGCAAUGUUGUGGGCAUCGUGGCCGCUCGGGCCCAUGAAGAGGACAAUACGGUGGAGCUGCUCCGCAUGUCCGUGGACUCACGCUUCCGCGGCAAAGGCAUUGCCAAGGCUCUGGGCCGGAGGGUGCUGGAGUUUGCCAUGCUGCACAACUACUCUGCAGUGGUACUGGGCACCACAGCCGUUAAGGUGGCCGCCCACAAGCUCUAUGAGUCACUGGGCUUCAGACACAUGGGCGCAACUGAUCACUACGUGCUGCCUGGCAUGACCCUCUCGCUGGCCGAGCGCCUCUUCUUCCAGGUCCGCUACCACCGCUACCGCCUGCAGCUACGCGAGGAGUGACCACCACCACCUGCCCACCACCCUGUCUGCCCCUGUUCACCUCUGCCCUCCUGCUCGCUGCCCAGUGCGGCCCUGCUUUCCAAUGCUCACCUUGGCGUUAGUUUGGAUUCUCCUUUUUCAGCGUCACCUGGCUGGUUCUGGGGACACAGGGCGUUGCUCCUCGGCAACACUCUGGUGGGGUAGAUUGUCUGCAGCCCCAGCCCUUGCCCCCCCCAGCCCAGCAGAGUGGCUCGUCAUGCCUUGAAGAGCAGCAUUGUGGACCACCUGGACUGUCCACAAAGCUGCCCAGCCUGCCUCCAUCAGGGAAGGACUAGCCUUGCCCGUCAAGCACAGAACCUCUACAACAAGCCCCACAAGGAGCAGACCCCUGGCCCCCAGCCAGGCUAAGGCUCAGCCAAUGGCCUCUGGAAGAGCGGCCUGCUGGGCUGGCCAGCCACUGCCCUGUGGGAGGCCAAGCUGGCCCCAGGCCCUGCUUUGCCCUGUGCAUGCUGAGGACAUGGCCUGGCUGCAGCAUGCCGCAUGCCACAGCCCCCUGCCCCGCUGCCCUGCCUAGUCUGGACCUCAGGUCCGAGCUGGUGAGCUCACUUGUCCUGUCCUGAGCUGGCCUCUGGAGGGCCUACCUGCCUGAUCCUAUCUUUCUGGUGGGGCCUGGCCUGGCCUAACCCGGCCCUAUCCAUUCCUGCUUUGCUUCAGAAUCAUCUUACCUCUUUCCCUUUGGUCCCCGUGCCUCCUUGCUCUGGCUGACUUGGCUGGUCACCCGGGUUUGGUUCCUGUAGCAAUCCAUUGCACAGCAUGGUGGGGAUUUCAUGGGGGUGGGGGGGGACACCUCCCCAAACACCUGUUAGAUCAGGUGACCCCCUCCCAGCCGCCCGAGGCCCUGUGGACUCAUGCUGUUUGUGGGGUCUGCCCUGUGAAUGUAACUAGCUCAGGCUGUUGUUGGCGAUGCCUGCCACAGCUUUUCCCAGCCUGAAACAACCCAUUCUCUAAUAAGUUACGUAGACAGAAUAGCACUCUGCAUGACUUUAAUUCCUGGGACAAAAUGGUAGUUUGAGCCUCCAGACACAAGUCUGUGUGGUGCUAGCAUACACGUGGUCUCUGGCCCCAUUUGAUGGGGGUGGGUGGCCGGGUAGGUGGAAGGUUUCAGUUUGGAGUAUGGAAGGAGACUCUAGUUUAGUGGAACUGCCCUCAAAGUGCAUCCCUGGUCUGUGAGGCCUCAGGCUGCCUCUGGAACCCCUGUGUGUAGGCCUGAGGACUGGAGGACCCUAAAGCCUCAUGGGAAGGGCUGGGCACUGCCUGGGGUGUGGAAGUUGGUUUUUUGUUGGGGUGGGUCCAGCCAUCUCACUAUAGAGUAUACUGCUGGACCAACUGCUCCUGGCCUCUCCUUUUUGAGGUCCCACUUAGGGUCCAGCCUGAAUUGGGGGGUGGCCUGGGACAGAGGAAGGAAGGCAGUGGAUGGCAGUGCUCGUGUGGCCAGCUGAAACCUGGACUUCGCUUCAGUGAGGGGUGGGGGGUGGGGGUGGAGCAUAAAGGCCCAUCCACACCCUCUGUGUGGGGCUUGGGGACAAGGAGUGGCAGGUCAGGUAGGCUAUAGAGCUGGGCCCCUGGCACCAUGGCGACAUUCUUAGAAAGGCUUAGAGUGAAUGAAUUGGUGGAACAAGCCCAGCUUCCUGAGGGGCCUUUUGUCCUGUUAGCAAUUGAGGCAUUUGCAGAACACUGUACAGACCCCGCUCUCCCCUGUACAUUCCUCCCUGGUGGUGCCCGGUCCCCUCUUGGGGAUGGGAGUUUUGUAGACUGUACAGAAAUUGGCACCCUAUUUUCUUGCAGCUCUCAGAUUUUGUUAAUCUGGAUUAUACAGACAGACGUAAAGUGUUUUAGCAAAAUGGAAAACAAACAGUUGUGCCUUUUUCCUCUUUUCUGUUUGGAUUGGUCUCGGCUCGGGGCUAGUCUUAGUUGCUGUGGGGGUAUAGGGACUGCUGGUGUCUGAGGAUGGGGGGAUCAGAGAUUGGUGGUGGGUCUGAGGUCUGGGUGGGCCUAACUGGGAGCCAGGUCUGCUGGACACCACCAGCUGCCAAGGCUUCUCUGAUCCUGUGCCUUUGGGGCCUGCAGUCUUUGGGGUUAGAAGGGCAUUGGGAUUGUUUGGGCCAGGGCAGAGCCUGGGGAUCCCACAGUCUCCUUGAUAUUGACCUGGGAUGAGUUCAUAGUAGAUUCUCCCUUCCUAGGAGCCUGGGGGGAAGAUGUGGCCCUUCUGGCUUAUUGGCACCUGUCUGCCUAAGGGGACCCCUUCCUGCCAAACAGCCCGUGGGUGAAGGAAAGCUUGCUGGGCUCUUCAUUAUUCGUUGUCUGCCUUGGGUUGCUACCAAGACUUGGUCGAGAUGUCAGGAAUGGGUGGUGGGGUAGGUUCCAGCUGUACCAGGAUGGAGCUUCACUGGGCAGUGUGCACCUUGGCAGGCCCGAGGCCCUGGGUUGGAGGGAGCUGAGCGUGCUGAUGACUGGGCCUGGCCCUGUCCUCUUUGUCCCACCAGGGCUGGGCGAGCUCUGCACAUGUGCACUGAUGUGAAUUUUCUGUUUGUUGAGAUUCUUUUUUCUACCUCUGUGGAGCCCUUCUCCCUGCUCCACCUGGUGGCCAUGUGCUUGGUGCAGCUCCUCUGAGUUUGCUGGCCAUCUCCCCUUCCCUCAGGCCUCCAAGCACCUGAGCUGGCCAGUACUUGUACUCUGGGCCUAUAAGGCCCAGGGAAAGCCAGCCUGGGGUCUGACCCUGUGCUCAGGAUCUUGUGGCUUCCAAGGACUUCCAGGAGUCCUAUUGUUUGCAAGGAAGCCUCUGUUUUAGAGUCGUGAGGGAGGGUGGAAGAGGUGGUGGGGUGUACCAACAGAAGAGACCUGGUGGCCCACUGCCCAGGCAGGUGUCUCUGCAGAUGCCUAGUCUGCUGGACAGCCAGGAGGCUGGCCUGCAUGUGCUAAGUGCUGGCCCUUAGGGUGGGGUGGCACACUCCUGAGUGUAGUGGGGUCAAGUCCUGGUGUUGAUGGCAGCCUCUCCCCUGUGCUCCCCCCCCCCCAACCCCGUGCUCGCCCUUCACCCUAGCCCUGCCCUGGGCUGGGCCGCAGUGGAGGGAUGUGCUAACCUGACUGAGGUGGUAGAUGACUGGGUCUGGGAGAAGGCCGGUGGUCUCAGGGGCUUGGACAGCUCCCUUCCUUCAUCAGGGAAGGGGACAAGUCAGAGCAGAGUCAGGGACACAGUGGAGGCGAGCUUUGGCUUUGGCCCGAUGCCUGGGACUCUUUAAGCCACAGGAUCCUCACUUGCUGCUGGAAAGCACCCUGGUCAGUCCCACUUGCCUCUGCCAGUCCCAGGUGGCCCCAUAGUCAUCACCUUCCUGGAGCUGGCUUCCAGGGCUGUGCCUGUGGCUAGAGGUCUGGGGACAAAAGUUUCUGGGUCUUUUGCUGGUGCCUGGGGCUUCUUGGGGGCUGGGCAUGGCUUCCUAGCUGGGUAGGAGCUGUGCAGCACCCUUGAGGCUACCUUUCCGCCAAGCCCCAGGGGGUGGCCUGAGAGAGCUGACCUGAGGUGGCUGUGUCUCCCUGUCUGUGGUAGCACUGCUGCCUGAACCUGUUGCUACCUGUUCUCUUGGUCAGUUCUGGCCUCAGUCAUGGUCCUGUCCCUGGCUCUUGGCUACACUGCUGGGUACGGGGCAGACCCUGGGCUGUGCUGCUCUUUGGUGCUGCCAUCACUGUGCUUCCAGCAGGGGAGGGGUCCAUGGGCAGAGCUUGCCUGGGUCUGGUUAGAAGAUGAGCCUUGACUUAACCACUGUUGGAUGUAUUUUUUUUUAAAAAAAAAACAGCAAUAAUUAGCCAUUUUAAAGAAAGGGUGUACCUGCAUAAAUGUGCAUACCCAUCUGUGUUGUGCAUCUGUGCACACGUGUGAGCAUGUGCAUCUGGGAGUAUGUGUAUGCAUGUAUGAGCAUCUGUAUGCGUAUGUGUGUGUGUGCACAAGCACAUGCCAUUUGUAAUUAUGUGCUCUCAUGUGACUAUAUGUGCCCAAGAAAUCACAUUCAUGUGUUGCAUGUGUGUGCAUGUGUGUAUGCGUGGGCAGUUUCAUAUGUGUAUGGAUGUGUGCAUGUAUGUGUUUGUAUGUGCACAUGUGUAGCAGUGGGAGAGAACCAGUGGGAACAGUCUUUGAUCUGGGAGCACUUUCUUUGUGAUAAGAAGCAGGGUCUUGUGGUUGUCUCUCACUGUGCCCACUCCCUCCCCUGCCCUGCCCAGCUCCAUGUGAAUGUAGCACAACCCCACCAGGCCAACUGAGCCUCCGCCGGCCCUGACUUCUGUGGCUGAGGUAGGGUAGAGAAGCUGGAAGCCCCUUGGACAGGACAGACUGUGUUUGGUCAGUGUGUGAGGGUGUGACACAGUGGUAGAUCUUACUGUUGUGGUUUGUUCCUGAAUUUGUACUGUGAGCCCAUGAUGGGGGUGGGGGUGUCCUGAGACCCCAGGAUGUGCCAAAAUAGCCCCUAGGGCCAGGUGAUGAGCCGAGUUCCCAAGAAGACAGGCUGGGGGCCCAAGUGGGUGUGUGCUCUGCCUGCACGGCCCCCAAUGCUGCUGUUUUUCAAUAAAAUCAGAACUGAAGGAA